CGGCGGCAAAAAAAUCGAUGUUUUCUUACAGCCCUAGCAUUUGUCUAAACGUUUUGUAGCUUGAUUUAUAACAAAAAGAUAUAUAUUAUGGCUAAGCAUCAUCCUGACUUGAUAUUCUGUCGUAAACAGCCCGGCGUGGCCAUUGGACGCUUGUGUGAAAAGGACGACGGGAAAUGCGUUAUUUGUGAUUCCUAUGUCCGCCCCUGCACGUUAGUGAGAAUCUGCGAUGAAUGCAACUAUGGAUCCUAUCAGGGACGCUGUGUUAUAUGCGGCGGUCCGGGAGUAUCAGAUGCGUACUACUGCAAGUCAUGCACCAUACAAGAAAAAGAUAGAGACGGUUGCCCCAAAAUCGUCAAUCUUGGCAGCUCAAAGACUGAUUUGUUCUAUGAACGCAAAAAAUACGGAUUCAAGCAGACAUACUGAUGUCUCCAAGACCACUACUACCUUAGUUUUCGUAAAAUACAUUUACUGCAAUUUCGUACAGCUGCGGAAAUAAAUUUGAAUAGAUUUGAUAUAGAACA